AAACACAGCAGCCAAGGUGUGAGGUGAGGCCCGGGCUGUGGUGGCUGACUGCAGAGGACUUCCAGGCUCUGCAGAGAACUUCCAGGCUCCAUCUGACCCCAUCCCUGCUGCAGCAGGGCUGGGCUGCACUGGGGUAAUCCCUGGAGCAGGAGCGAUGAGCAAAACCUGCUGGCACUGAAUUACGCCUUGAGGAAGACGCUGCAGGGAGAGGCACCCAGGAGUGUGGUCUGGAAGCGGGGUGUGCCUGUUUCCUGCAGCGCCAAAUGCGAGACAGGCAGCCACAGCCCACAGGAGUUGAGAGUCGGCGUCUCUGGCUGUAAACAGCGCUGGUUGCUAAAUGGCCUCAGGUAUGGAUGGAAAGAAAUGCAGCGUGUGGAUGUUUUUACCUCUCGUCUUCACCCUGUUUACAUCAGCUGGAUUAUGGAUAGUGUACUUUAUAGCAGUGGAAGAUAACAAAAUUCUCCCACUAAGUGUACCAGAUAGGAAACCUGGUCCCAAAAGACCACCUUAUAUAAGUAUUGCAGGUGAUGCACCUCCUGCAAGCUGUGUGUUUAGUCAAGUCAUGAACAUGGCAGCAUUUCUAGCGCUUGUUGUGGCUGUCCUGCGCUUCAUUCAGCUGAAGCCCAAGGUGCUCACCCCGUGGCUGAACAUCAGUGGCUUGGUGGCUCUGUGCUUGGCCUCUUUUGGGAUGACCCUGCUCGGCAACUUUCAGCUCUCCAAUGAUGAGGAGAUCCACAACGUGGGCACAUCUCUGACCUUUGGCUUUGGGACACUGGCAUGCUGGAUCCAGUCUGCCCUCACCCUCAAGAUCAACCUGAAGAACGAGGGGCGGAAAGCUGGGAUUCCACGGGUGGCUCUGUCAGCCAGCAUCACACUCUGCGUGGUGCUCUAUUUCAUCCUUAUGGCCCAGGGCAUUCACAUGUAUGCUUCCAGGAUCCAGUGGGGCCUAGUGAUGUGCUUCCUGUGCUACUUUGGCACCUUUGCAGUGGAGUUCAGGCAUUACAGAUUUGAGAUAAUUUGUUCUGAGUACCAGGAAAACUUUCUGAGCUUUUCUGAAAGCUUAUCAGAAGCCUCUGAGUACCAGACAGAUCAGGUGUAGCCUGUCCUCUGGCAGGGGGGGAGGGGGGCAGGUGGGGUCUCAUGGGUGAAACAUGACCUCAUUUACACUUUUUUGAUGAGUUUCUUUCCAUGUGCAAUCAUGAUGGCAUUGCCAAAGGGCUCUGAGGGUGGCUGUCUCACCAAGAGCCAAACAAACAGAGGUGUCUGAGAGGAGUGGGUCCAUCUCAGUGGCAGCGUGAGAGUGCACAAGCUGCUUAGUUUGUGACUCUGAGUGGCUCUGUCACACUCCUGUUGCUCAAAACAUUCAGCAGCCCCUCUGAGACUGGUCCUGCUCAGCCCACCCUGCAGAGAAGGAGCUGAAUGAAGCAGACUUCUCCUAACAGCAGAGUCUUCAGGAGCCACCUGCUCCCGAGUCACCAGACUGCAUCUUCCCUGUGUUUCCCGGGUUGUUUUCUGUGCUGCCAGCCGGGGGAGCUUGGUAGGGGGAGCAGCAGCAGCUGUUUCUCCAGAACCUGGAAUCAGACACAGAAGACCCCAGUGGACUGGCUUUCAUGGCAAGCAGGCAAAGCAGCCAACGGUAAAUCUGGGUUUGGAAGGAGCUGUGCUGUGAUCAGGAAGUGAGACUUGGCUGGUGCUGCUUUGUGGCCAGGCAGAUCAUCCCCAGGCCAGAGGGGUGACCCUGGGAUGCUGUGCUUGGCUUCCUGGUGGGCACUGCUGGGAGUGAGGUGCUGAAAUGAGGUGAGAAUAUCUGUGUGCCCUGAAGACAACCCAGAAGGCUGCUUCUUCCAUGUGUAGUGCUUCCACCACACAUUGUGUAUAGUAUUUCAAAAGCUUUUUUUAAUUUUUUUUAAUGUUCACUGAGGGGGAAAACAUUGUGUUAGAGACACCAGGCUUGUCUGCCAUGAGACCAGUACCAGUGCUUCUGGGCACAGGGUUUGGUUUUGCUCCUUGUGCAAGCCAAACUUCAGACAUGCUGGUUUGGGCUCUGGGCCCCUCAGUGUGGCCAGCUGUCCUGAGUGGAGCCUGCUGCAGGUUUAAAUGGGCUUCCAAGGUGCCAGGAGGGAGUUCUGGCACAGAGGCUGGCUGAUCUGCCUGAGGGCUGGAGGUGCAAGGGAACAGCAAAACCAGAAGGGCUUCUCCCUCCCUAAAGAGAGGUUUCCAAACAGAAGGUCUGUUUUCAAAGGAGCUCAAAACCUGAUUUUGGGAAAGCUUUUGGGUAGAGGAGUGAUAGGAGUUGCUUCUCCCCAUGGCUCCUAUUUUCCUCCACAAAUCAGGCUCAGCUUAGGUUUACAUCUUGUCUGAGCUGCAGGAAAACAAGCAGAAAUUAAAAUAGUAGGAAAAGGUGCUUGAAGGGGAACUUGUACUGUUCUGUGGCAUUUCUGACAGAGAAAAGUCAAAAGGGCAUUCAAUCUUCUGCAAAGGUCACAGGCCUCUCCUGAGAGGAGAAACAGCUGAGCCAAACUGUGUGUUAAGUAGAAAGCUUUCAGCCAGCCCUUUCUUUUCUGUGCACCAAAACUUGUUCUCAGGCAGCUGUUACAAAUCCAGAGGAUUUUUGGCCAACAGAGGGUUGUUGUGGAUUGCUGAAGGCUUCCUCCUUGUAGCAGUGUCAUGAGUGGAAGGCUUUCCCAGGAGGAUGUGCUGAGAGUGGCCAAGGACACAGCUGUGUGAGGUGCCAGCUCCCAUGGGGCUCAUCCAGGGAGCUCCUCCUGGGCAAGGACAGGAGGAGACAGUCUGGAGAACAUGCAGGUGGGAUCCUCUUGCACUGGCACACACUCAAUCCAUAUGGAGCACAAAAUAGCAAUUUGUUUUAAGGGUGUUCUACUGUAAAUAGUCCACUGUGUCUUUUUUUCCCUGAUUAAUUCUUUCAUUUUUUUAUUUUAGCUUUUGUAAUUUUAUCAAAGAAAAAAAGAAGAUUAUGUGGUUUUCUUUCCUUUUGCUCCUUUUCCUAUAUGCAAUCCAAACUGAAUUUCAGGUUUUUAGUGACAAUUCUGUACAUUUCUUAGAGUAUUUCUAACAGCACAUUUCAGUACAACUAAAUGACAACCAAUGUACACUAAAACAUGACCACUAAAUAAAGUGCUUUUAUGGAGAAA